GGUCUAUACCGCAGACAGGUUAGGAGCAUAAACGUACUGUUUUACUUGUUGCGUUAAGUUUGAACAGUCUAACAGUAAAACAAGUAAAUAACAAAUUACUUUCAUGCACUUAUGAUUACAGGUCACAACUAACAAUCCUGGUCUGUCAAAUCUGGGAAGACCGCUCUAGCGCAGCCUCUAAAACGUAGAUGAUCUCGAACUAGUCCCCGUUAUACUGUACACGAGUUUGAUAUAUUUUUAACAGUGUAAGUUGGAAACAUGGAUGUGCCUAUCGCAGACGGUGUGUCCGCACCUCUGACUGGAAGAUGUUCCUUUUACGUGGAAAAGAAAAAGCGAUACUGCAAAAUGAUAGUUGGAAGUGGAAAAUCAUAUUGUGGAGAACAUGCUAACGCCGGCGAAAAGGAAUCUGAGAAUAAAAGAAUACCAUGUCCUCUGGAUCCAAAACAUACUGUAUUCGAAAACCUUUUAGCAAAACAUCUGAAGAAGUGCAAUUCCAGAGUAAAACCCAAGCCUGUGUUCUAUGUGCAAGAUAUUAAUGCUGGACCAACAAUUGAUGAUGACACUCCCAAAGUUGAGGUGCCCCUGGCGGAUCGCAGCAAAGCCGAGUUGGACAUACUCAUUACCAAACUGAAGACUGCUGUCAAAGGGUUCAAAUGCAAACACGAAGAAAGCAUCAAAUCUCAUGCUGCUCUCCACGAUGCGUUGAAUGACCCGAAGAAUGGGGACACAGCAUUUAAACACCUGAAGCAACAGGCGUCCCUUUUGGGAAACAUGGAAGACUUGCAGCUGCUUGGACCAAAGAGGUGUUUUGUUGAGUUUGGUGCAGGGAAAGGCAAGCUUUCUCACUGGAUCCAUGUUGCUCUGAAAGACUAUGACGACAUCCACUUCCUGCUUGUGGAAAGAUCCAGCACCCGUUUUAAAGUAGAUGGCAAACACCAGAAUGAUAAUACCAAAUUUGAAAGGCUACAAGUGGAUAUCCAGCACCUUGAUUUGCGUAAAGUCCCUCUCCUUCAAGAAAAGGGACUUCCUGUAGUUGGAGUAGGCAAACACUUGUGUGGAGCAGCAACAGACCUCGCUCUUCAGUGUCUUCUUGGCAGCUCGGAUGCCGCGGCGCGUGGGGGCCAAGACCCGCCGCCCAGCAAGCGCCUAAAGCUCCAGCAGCUGCCUGGGGAGUCCACAGGUGCGGAGCUACCGCCCAGCCCCAGUGUGGCGGAGGAGACCGGAGGCAGGCAGGAGCUGGCGGUGGGUGGGGUCGCCAUUGCCUUGUGCUGUCACCACCGAUGCGACUGGAGACAUUAUGUUGGCAAAGAGUUCUUCAAGGACAGAGGGCUGGGUGCCCCAGAGUUUGCUGCCUUCUUGCGCAUGUCAAGCUGGGCAACCUGUGGCUUCAGUCAAGCCAAACGGUCCUCUCCACCCCAAGGUCAGACUGGCGAAACCUUUGAGGAAGAGGCACAUGAGGCGACGGAGGAGUCUGAGCCAGACCUCUUAAAAGGAGUGUUGAAUGCUGAGGAUCGUGAACACAUAGGACGUCUGUGCAAGCUGCUGAUUGAUCAGGGCAGGGUUCACUUUCUGCAGCAGAGAGGAUUUGUCCCCAGCCUACGUUACUACACUAGCACAGACAUUUCUCUAGAAAACGUUUUACUAACUGCAGUUCCUGCCUCUAGCUGAAAAGAAAUUCCCAUGACGGUGAGGCCUGAGGAGAGAAUGGACAGAGAGAAUGGACAGCACAACUGUAGUUUGAGUAGGCAGUGCUGUUAUGACGUUUUGUUUGGUAAGAGACCUGUUCGCAGUUACUUUUUAGAUUUUACACUGGCAACAAUGAAAACAAAGACAGUUAAUACAUACAGGGCCAUGGUUUCGAACAUAUCAGACAAUAUUAUCAAUCUUAUUUAAAGUGUCACACUUUUUUACUGGGAAUUAAAUGGAAUUCACCCCAUAUGUUGGACAAGAUACAGUUAGUUCAAAGAGAAGCUGAAGAGGACACCCUUGACAAGACCAGGCCAUCACUGCACGGAGAACUUCGACACUGUGGACAAUAGGCAGACGAGAGGACCUGACAGAGGCCAACAUGAACGCCUACUCUGGUCACUGGGACGGGGCAGAUUCAUCCAAGGCUUUUAGGGUCACAUUUAAUUCCGAAGUGUAGUUUGAACCAGGUGCUGAAACACAUUUCAAAUGGUCAUUAAAAAGCAACAUUUAUUUUC